AUCCCAUCUCCCCCCUCUUUCUCCCACUACCACACACCAUGCCCCUAACCAUCGCCAUCAUCGGCAGCGGCCUCGCCGGCUGCCUCGCCGCCCGCAUCCUCCGCGAACAACACACAGUCACCAUCUACGAGCGCGACCCCGCCAAAGCCGAAGCCGGGGCCGCCAUCAACCUCGGCCCCAGCGCUGUCCACAUCCUCGACAGCGUCGGGUUCGAUCGUCGUCGCGCCCGCUCGAUCCCGGUGACUCGGGUCCUAUCGUACAGUAAAUCCGGGAACGUCACUCAGGAUGAUAGCCUCGAUUAUGUGAAGGAGUUUGGGGCGGAUUGGUUGUUUCAUCAUCGGGCGGAUCUGCGGGAUGAGUUGUUGCGGUUGGCGACGGGGGAGGCGGAUGAGGUUGGAGUCAAAGGGGAGCCCGCGAAGGUGAGGUAUGGGGCGAGGGUGGUGGAUGGGGAUGUCGAAGGGGGAAGGUUGAUCUUGGAGGGCGGGGAGGUGGUCGAGGCGGAUUUGGUUGUUGCAGCAGACGGCAUCCGGUCUACCCUCCGUCCCCUGGUUACCAACCCCUCCUAUACAACCGCCCAACCCUCCGGUGUCUCUGCAUUCCGCUUCACCAUGUCCCGCGCUGAUGUUCUUGCUCUCCACAAUGGCAACGUCCCUGACGUCCUGGACCCAACCAAACCCGGCACCCUGAUCGGCAUCUACGCAUUCGAUCCCACCGAACGUCGCGUCAUCCUGUACCCAUGCCGGAACUACGAGAUCUUGAACUUUGUCGCCCUUGUCCCAGACAACAUGCUCAAGGAGCCCCCACCCUCAGACUCAUGGUCCGCGCCGGGCGAUAGAGAGGAACUCAUUUCCCUCUUUGAGGAUUUUCCCGACUGGGUGGUGAAAUACUUCCGAUCCGCCUCAAACAUCAAACUCUGGCAACUCCGCCACCAAGCCCCCCUCCCCAGCUACAUCCGGGGCCGAACGGUCCUCAUCGGCGACGCCGCACACGCCAUGACACCGCACCAAGGCCAAGGCGGAAACCAAGCCAUCGAAGACGCCGAAGGGUUCCGCCUCUUCCUCGGUGAUCAUGUCACCCGAGACACUGUCCCCAAGAUUCUAGAGGACUUCGAUGCCGUGAGGAGACCCCGUGCGUCGCUGAUUCAGAGGAAUACAUUGUUGGCGACGGCACGGUUCUCCGUCGAGGAGAUUUAUCGCUUUCGGUGGUUGAAUUUUACGUAUCCGGGGAUUGUGGAGGGGGUGAGGAGGGUGAGGUGUGGGGAGGAGGUUGUGCAGGAGGGGGAUGGGGUGGGGGGGACUAGUACUAGGGAUGCGAAGUUGUAG